AUGCCUGGAGUAGAGCGGAGUUACAAGCUUCAUAGACCUGCUGCCCACAUAAAGGAGGAACAGAAGGGAGUCUACAUCAGUCUGCCAGGAGAGCAGAUCAAUGGGAAGGAGGUGAUUAAUACAGUCAGGUUUCCAGUAUCUGCUCCUCCCAUAAAGAGUCUGGAUGAUGAACAGUCUCUGCUGCUCUCACAGCUUUAUCCAGAACAAAUUAAAGACAGAGAACGUCCAGAAGAGAAUGAUGGAGAAGAAUCCAUCAGGAUUCAAUAUCACAGAGAUGCUUCUAUUUCUAUAGAGAUUGAAGACACCGUGGAGGAUGAAGAGGACAAUGAUGUAGAGCACCCUCUGUCUGAGUUGAAACACUUGUCAGAGUCUGGAUAUAAGAAAUGUUACACAGAGAAGAAAAACGUGGAGUCACAGAGGAAAGUCCAGACAGGAGUGGAGCUUAGCUGUGAAGAUUGUGGCAAAACAUUUAUUGGAAAAUCCGCUUUAAAAAAACAUAUAAGAAUCCACACAGGAGAGAAACCGUUCUGUUGUGAUCAGUGUGGACAAAGAUUUAGACAAACUGCACAUUUAAACACACACAUGAGAACCCAUACAGGACAGAAGCCUUUCUGUUGUGAUCUAUGUGGGCAAAGAUUCAGCCUAAAAGCAAAUUUAAACACACACAUGAAAAGCCAUACUGGACAGAAGCCUGAAUCUUGUGAUCUAUGUGGCCAAGUAUUUAGCCUAAAAGGAAAUCUGAAGAAACACAUAUUAAUCCACACAGGACAGAAGCCUUUCUGUUGUGAUCUUUGUGGACACAGAUUUAACAGAAAAUCAAAUUUAAAGACACACAUGAGAAUCCAUACAGGACAGAAGCCAUUCUGUUGUGAUCUAUGUGGAAAAAUGUUUAGGCACAAAUCACAUUUAAACACACACAUGAGUAUUCAUACAGGACAGAAGCCAUUCUGCUGUGAUCUUUGUGGACAACGAUUUACACAAAAAGAACAUUUAAACAGACACAUGAGAAUCCACUCAGGACAGAAGCCAUUCUGUUGUGAUCUAUGUGGAAAAAGGUUUAGGCACAAAUCACAUUUAAAUACACACAUGAGUAUCCAUACAGGGCAUAAGUCAUUCUGCUGUGAUGUAUGUGGACAAAGGUUUAGGCACAAAUCACAUUUAAAAACACACAUGAGUAUCCAUACAGGCCAGAAGCCAUACUGCUGCAGUCUAUGUGAACAAAGAUUUAGCAGAGAAGAACAUUUAAAAGCACACAUGAGAAUCCAUACAGGAGAAAAGCCUUUCGGUUGUGAGCUCUGUGGACAAAGAUUUAGCAAAAGAGGUAAUAUGAACCAACACAUGAGAAUCCAUACAGGACAGAAGCCUUUCUGUUGUGAUCUAUGUGGACAAAGAUUUAGCCAAAAAUUCAAUUUAAACACACACAUGAGAAUCCAUACAGGAGAGAAGCCUUUCUGUUGUGAUUUAUGUGGACAAAGAUUUACCCAAAGAGGACAUCUGAACCAACACAUAAGAAUCCAUACAGAACAGAAGCCUUUGUGUUGUGAUGUAUGUUGACAAAUAUUUAAAAGCUAAUUUAAACAAAUACGUGAGAAUCCAUACAGCAGGGAAAAUUGCUCUUCUAUUAAUACUAACUCAAACUGCACAGCUGUAGUUUGCUGUGAAAUGUUUCUGUGUUUUCAUCAAAAGCAUAAUUUUUUCACUUGCUUGUUUCAGUAUUUCUCCAGUAUAUAAUUUUUAGACUUGCCUUAAAAUGUUUCAAGUUUUUUUAUUUUGCUCUGUAUUUCUGGGCCAGAUGUGGCCACAUUGGAUACAUCUGACUCAAAU